UCAUUUGACGCUUGCAAGGAGCUAUGGGUAAAAUCCAAGAUGGCGGCAAGCGCGGAGUGGUGUUUGAUAGAAAGUGAUCCUGGCGUCUUUACUGAACUCAUUCGUGGAUUCGGCUGUACUGGAGUACAAGUUGAAGAGAUAUACAGCUUAGAUGAUGCUUCCCUUGAAAAUUUGAGGCCAGUGCAUGGAAUCAUUUUUCUAUUCAAAUGGAAGCCUGGCGAGGAGCCUGCAGGUAGUGUGGUACAGGACAGCCGAUCUCUUGGGAUAUUCUUUGCAAAGCAGGUUAUCACCAAUGCAUGUGCGACGCAGGCCAUACUCAGUGUACUGUUAAACACUGCCCAUCCUGAUAUUGACUUGGGGCCAAACCUCAGCUCUUUCAAGGACUUCUCUGCUACAUUUGAUGGUGCUCUAAAAGGCCUGAGUUUAUCAAACUCUGAUGUAAUACGAGCAGUACACAACAGCUUCUCAAGACAACAGAUGUUUGAGUUUGAUGCCAAGAUGCCACAAAAAGACGACGAUGUCUAUCACUUUGUUGCAUAUGCUCCAAUCAAUGGCAGGCUUUAUGAGUUGGAUGGCUUGAGAGAAGGGCCUAUAGACCAUGGGGCUUGCACACUGGACAACUGGGUGGCUGUCUGUAAGCCCAUCAUUGAGACCAGAAUGCAAAGAUAUUCAUCUGAAGAAAUUCGGUUUAACUUAAUGGCAAUAGUCACAGAUCGCAAGAUGCUUUACCUACAAGAAAUCGAAGCUUUGAAUAUGAAAAAACAACAGCUGCUAGAAAGGAUACAUGAACUAAGAGAAAGCUCUAAACCAGAGGGUGGUGAGGCGAUGGAGACCGAUCAAGCCAAUCAGUCAGUUAGUGAUCUAGAGGGGAUUGUUCAGUCAAUGGGAUCUGAGAUUCUGAGACUGCAAUCACUGGUGUCAGCAGAGGAUGAUAAAAUGUUGAGAUAUAAGGUAGAAAACAUUCGAAGAAAGCACAACUACAUACCCCUUAUCAUGGAGAUGCUUAAACUGCUGGCAAAAAAGGGAGAGCUAGUUCCUCUAGUUGAGAAGGCAAAGGAAGAGCAGAAGGCAAAGAAGGCCCAGAAGACAAAGUGACAUCAUCAGCUUAUCUAUUUGAGCUAUUAUAACUCUUUUAGCCACAUUUUGCUUGGCGCUAAUGUACUAUGUACAAUAUUGUAUACUUCAAGGAUUAUGCCAUGUAUAAUAAAUCAAGACAAUACACACCCUUAUAACAUUGUUAAACUUAAGUCAAACUACUGUUUGUAAUAGGCGACUUUCACCAAGAGGUCAGUGACUUUCAGUUAGUUGGAGGUUCAGCUAUUUAUCUUCAUUAAAAGGUCAAUAGCAAUAGUAUGUGAUGGACACUGGGCAUUUUCAAGGAGUUUCUACGCUUGUGUGAAUGCACUGUAAACUGUAAUACAACAAGAUGGAUCUAUUGAAAGGAUUUUUUAAAGAAGAAAUGCUAUAGAAUGGAUUCUCGUAUGGCCCGCCCACUAAGUCAAUAACAUAUUCUGUGUACAGUACAGACCAAAAGUGCAUUUUCCUACGAAGGUUUUGAGUGUGGUAAAGAAAAACAGGUGGGUGGUCUCCAGUAUAUAGUAUUUGUGUGGAUGAUUAUUGGAGUGUACAGUGAGAAAAAGUAGUGCAUGGUUUAUGAGAAAAGGUUUGUGAAUUAACUGUCUGCAUGCAAGUAGUCCCAAAUCAUAUGCAGAAUGUUAAAAUGCUUUCAAUCUUCUCUGUACCAAAUUUAUGCCAACAACAAUUAAAAUAGCAAACACCA